GGUUGGUGCUAGGUCCUGCUAGCUGUCCUGUGGACUGCCAUGCCUACUCAGCUGGAGAAAGCCAUGGACACCCUCAUUAAAAUCUUCCACUGUUACUCCAGCAAAGAAGGGGACAUGUUCAAGCUCAACAAGGGGGAGUUGAAGAUGCUGCUCCAGAGUGAGCUCACUGACUUCCUAUCAUGCCAGAAGGAUCCUGAGUUGGUUGACAAGAUUAUGAAGGACCUGGAUGCCAAUAAAGACAAUGAAGUAGACUUUAAUGAGUUUGUCGUUAUGGUGGCUGCUCUGACAGUGGCUUGCAACGAUUACUUUGUAGAGCAACUGAAAAAAAAAGGAAAGUAGAAAGAUGGGAUAAAUGAAUCUUCCAGGCAAAUACAUGACCUGGUUUGUUUAUGUAGUCUUCCUCCCAUCACCAA